AAAAGAAGCCUCCUUUGUUUAUCCAUGGCCAUGCAUCUCAUCUCCUAUAUAUACCUGCCCACGUUCAGCUUCUUCCUCCACCAAAACACACAUCGUCGGCUCGUCGCAACAAGUCAAGAAGCAGAGCAAUUCAGUAACCAAAUCAUCAACAAGAGCAACCCAACUCUUCAGCUAGCUAAAGAUCUCUCGGCAAUGGCGGCGACCAAGAUCUACAUCGUGUACUACUCGACCUGGGGCCACGUGGCGACGCUAGCGGAGGAGAUCAAGAAGGGCGCGGACACCAUUCCCGGCGUCCAGGCCACCAUCUGGCGAGUCCCGGAGACGCUUCCAGAAUCCGUCCUCUCAAAGAUGCAGGCGGCGCCGGCGAGGGAGAACCACGGCGUGAUCACGGCGAGUCAGCUUGCCGACGCGGACGGGAUCCUGUUCGGGUUCCCGACGCGGUUCGGGAUGAUGGCGGCGCAGAUGAAGGCCUUCUUCGACGCCACGGGCGGGCUCUGGCACGCGGGCGCCCUGGCCGGCAAGCCCGCGGGGUUCUUCUUCGCCUCCGGCACCCAGGGCGGCGGCCAGGAGACCACCGCGCUCACCGCCGUCACGCAGCUGGCUCACCAUGGGAUGGUGUUUGUGCCUGUUGGGUACACGCAUGGAGCUGGGAUGUUCGCCAUGGAUGAGGUUAAAGGUGGGAGCCCAUAUGGGGCUGGGACCUUCGCCGGCACCGACGGGAGCAGAGUGCCCUCUGAGGCCGAGCUCGCGUUGGCGGAGCACCAGGGGAAGUACUUUGCCGGCGUCGCCAAGAAGCUCAAGGCCGUCGUCUGAAACUCUGAAGAUGCAGCAAAGUUAUCUGAAGUCUUGGAUGAUCAUUCGUUUAGCGAUUUAAUUACACUGUGUUUGUGAUUUGUGUUUGUGUUUGUCCUGCAUUUUCAUUGCUUUUUUGGUGAUGCCAUCAACCGAAAGCAGUGGAGUUUCUUCUGAAAAGGGUGGACUGACUCUCGGCGGGGCCGUUGUGCCGUGGCUUGGACCAAGGUUUGCCUCCCAGUCCGGCUGGGGGGUCUUGGUGUUCGGGAUGCCAAUCGCGUUGGCGGAGCACCAGGGGAAGUAUUUCGCCGGCGUCGCCAAGAAGCUCAAGCAGACCGUCUGAAACCCUGGAUGCAGCGAAAGUUAUCUGAAGUUUUUCAUGAUCAUUCGUUUAGCAAUUUACACUGUGUUUGUGUUUUUAUUUGUAUUUGUACUGCACUUUUCUUCGUUUUGUUUGGUGAUUUAUUCGUAAAGAACAAUAAAAUACAUGCUCGUGGCGUCAGUUUAAUUA